UCGAAUGCAGACAUCGAUGGCGUGAACUUCAUAACUUCAAACUCGUUUGUCAUUCUCAAUCAAAAUGGUCGAUGAAACCGAAAUGUUCGGCUUUGAGCUUUUACAAAGUUUGUACGACACGCAAAUUGUGAAAAAGGAAGACGUUCUAAUCCUGUUCGUUCACUGGUAUUUUGUGAAAAAUGGAUUCAGAUGUAUUGGCCUCGGCGAUAGCAAAGCGUACGAUACAUCGGAAAAGGGAUCAGAAUUACUUCCAGAGGGAUGGAACACACAACCAAUUUACGCUUUACGUUAUGUAAACGAUAAAAAAUUGUAUAUAUUCCACGGUGUAAAAUCUGAUGAAGAUUUACUUCUGAACUUGUUGAGGAUGAACGAUCAAAAUGUAUCCAAUGCCCAAUUUCCAAUUAAUGCAACCAUAAGUAAUCUCCAUGGACCCUUAGAAUCUGUAAUGCCUCCGUACCAAAAUGUUUUACAAACAAUUCAAACAAAUCUUGUUGAGCCGAUACUUCCUCCAAAUACUGCAGAGAAUUCUACCCAAACAGCAACAGUAAAUACAGAACAGCGUGUUCCAAGAGAGACUGAUCCAUUAAGAGUACCCUCAACACGUCCAGCAUCAGCAACAAGCCCAUGGCGACCUGAUACAGAUCCAAGAAAUGUAGGGUCUGCGGACUUAAAUCCCUUAGCACAAGGAGGUGGUAUGAUUUACGAUCUCUUCCCGCCAGAAAGACGCCGUCCCCACAAUCCGUUUAGGCCAGCUUUAGGAGUUCCAGGAGUACUACCACCAGGAGCUGUCCCCCCUUAUGCGAGAUUCGAUCCUUUUGGUCCACCGGACAUCGAUCGACCAAGACCACGUCAAGGUCAAGACAAUGACCACUUACCUCCGCCAGGAUACGACGAUAUGUUUAUGUAAAAUAAAUGAAGUAACUGUAUAAAUAAGAAAAAUAUAUUAAUCCAGUUCUUACCUCUGUACACAAUGUUUGCGUAUACUUAUAAUUUUGUAAAAAAAAAAAACUAAUAGGAAUUGUUUAAAUAAAUUUCUAUUGCAUUUAAAUAUUUUCGUAAAAAUAUCUCGUACUGAUAAAACACAGUUGGUUUAUGAGAUAUCAAAAAACGAUUGAUUUCUUCACAAAACGACUUCCAUUCUUUUUUUUAUUUCAUUACUGAUGUUUUACAAUAUAACAAAACUUUCGUUUAAUUUAAUCAUAUGUCAUUAAUAGAGCAGUAGGUAGGAAAUUACAUUAACAAAUUAAAUAUAUAAUAGUAAUUUUUGUUUAAAUUGCGCUAACUCGUUAAAUUCAUUUUUCCGCUUAAUCGAUUUCAAAGGACUUUUAUUUUUUAUUACGUCGGUUCAAAAUAGAGGAUUUCUUUGCUACCUAAAUUGUUUCUGUUCGCAGUAUUCAUGAAUUGAAACGUUUUUAAACAUAAAACACAAAAUAUUAUAUGAAAACGAUGUUCACGAUUACCAUUAUAAAAGAAUGGCAAUUUAACCUAUACACGUUUCAAAAUGUUUUCAUAGUUUUUUUUUUUUUUAAAUAAUAAAAUAUCAUUUUUAAAGUGUUUCGAUUCAAUUCUUCGAGUAAGAUGCAAUCGUAAAUAUUCAGAUCAAAACACAUUAAUAUAUACGAUUUAAUCAAAUAAGAACUCUACGAAUGUCCAUUAACUUUCAAAUUUGGAAAUUGUAAGUUAUGAUAAGCAUUUGUUUAGCAAGGCCAAUCAUAUUUUAUCCCUUUUUAACUUUCGAUUUUCUCCGCAAAAAUGUAUCACAGAUAAAAGAUAUUCACUCAUAUACAUAAUUAUUUCUGGCAAUGAAAUAUGUCGCUUGAAGAAGUGAAUCGAUGUGCAAAAAUUAAAUUCUACGUGAUAAAAAAAAAAAAA